GAUUGCAAUCCUGUAAGCACUCCAACUGAGUUGGCUUGAAGCUAAACAAAGAUCAUGAAGGGAAGAAGGUGGACAGUACACUUUACAAGCAAAUUGUUGGCAGUUUGAUGUAUUUAACUACAACAAGGCCAGACAUAAUGUAUUCUGUGAGUUUAAUAAGUAGAUAUAUGGAGAAUCCAACAAAAAUACACUUGUUAGCUGCUAAGAGAAUCCUUCGUUACUUGCAAGGAACAAGAGAUUUUGGGCUGUUCUACAAGAAGGGUGAAAAGUCAGACUUGCUUGGGUUUACUGACAGUGAUUAUGCUGGAGAUCAAGAUGAUAGAAGGAGCACUUCGGACUAUGUUUUCAUGUUAGGAACAGGAGUUGUUUCAUGGUCAUCAAAGAAGCAACCAAUCGUCACAUUGUCAACCACUGAAGCUGAAUUUGUUGUAGCAACAGCUUGUGCUUGUCAAGCUAUUUGGCUGAAGAAGAUACUUGAAGAAUUGCAGUUCAAAGAAGAUGGGCCUAUUCUUAUUUACUGUGACAACAGCUCAGCAAUAAAGCUCUCAAAGAAUCCUGUUCUACAUGGUCGAAGCAAGCAUAUAGAUGUGAAGUAUCAUUUCUUGAGGGAUCUCACAAAUGAUGGAGUUAUUAAUUUGGUUUACUGUAGAAGUGAAGACCAAGUUGCAGAUAUUCAGACCAAGCCUCUCAAGUUGGCUACAUUUGUGAAGCUACGUGGUCUACUUGGAGUGUGUUCACAUGCUGCCGCAAAGGAAGACUUUGUAGAGGGUUGAUUUUUUCCUUUUAAACUGAUUUCUGCAGAUUUCAGUUUAAGGGAGGGUGUUAAGAUUUAAUGUUUUAUUUUAUAAUAUUUAAUUGGAAGUAUCUUUGGAUAUUUGGUAGUUUGACCGAGUCUAUAGGAUAUUUGGUUAUUUGAUCUCAGCCAGAUUUCAUGGCUGUGAAGUGUCUCACGUUGCUAUCCUAGUUUGUAGGAGUUGUGGAUAGUGCUUUCCUAUUUUAUAGUAGUUGUGGUUAAUGCUAGAUAAAGUGUUGUGAUGUUAAGCCUAUUUAUAGGCUCUUUUGUUUAUC